AUGCUCGCUGCAUCCGGGCUUUGUUAUGAUGAACUCGUCGCCCUAUUUGUCGUAUUCGAACCGAAGCUCCCGUUUCAAAGCCUCGAAGCACAGUUUGCUGAAAUCGAAGAGCUACAAAACGAACUUCCUGGACUUGAAGAUGUUGUGAUAUCCCAUCCCGAGAUUCAUUGGUCGAGAAAUAUGGGCUAUUCCUCAGAAAGUAGCAAGUUUUUUGAAGAGGAUACCCUCCCACAAUGGACCCCUUGCCCACUUCCGUACUACCUGCCACACUGUAUAGACUGGUGGCUGAAGGAGCUGAAGAUUGACUCUCCGGAAACACAAAGCGACGAAGACUUUGCUAAAACCAUGGCAAAGUUAGCAGACGGUGUAUUCUUGCGAUGGGGGUACAAUACGCAUUGUAAUCUCGAAGACUUCACUGAAUAUCUCUAUGACCACUAUAGCCGGCGUUUGACUGCGUCGAACCGGUUGGAAGAUGCCUGA